AUGGACGAGGCAGACAUCAGACGAAUGGUAGAAGAAGGCAUUUCGCAUUCAGAAAUAAGCUAUAGAUUGAGGCGAAGACAUCCUGGAGUUAGAGGACUUUCUGAGAGAUCGGUGAGAAGAUUUUGCUUUGAACACGACAUCCACUCUAACUCGGGUGUGUCGAAUCGUGAGUUGAGGCAAAUCGUUGAAGCCGGUGUUAGAGAGGUUGGGCCAGCAUACGGGAGGAAGAUGAUGAAGGGCUACUUGCAAACUAGAGGCUUUCGUGUAUGGGAAAAGAGAGUGGGAUGGGCUCUUGGACAAGUUGCUCCUGGAUAUCACAGAAGGAGGCAAGCUCUUGCGCAUCGACGAGUAAAUCCCAUACCCUAUUACGCUCAAUACUGUGGUCACAAAAUGCACAUAGACCAGAAUGAAAAGCUUGUGAUGUAUGGAGUUACACAUGUCCUCGCCAUUGACGGCUAUAGUGGAUUCAUUCUUGGCAUCAUCACAAUGCCUAUCAAAAACAACAUUUUGAUUUACAGCCACUUAUUCGGACCUAUCUUGAUACAAUUUGGUCUGUGGGAUCAAAUACGAGUUGACCAUGGGAAAGAGUUCAUUUUGUCUCUAUACGUGCAAGAACGCUUAGCAAAUUUAAGGCGAAAUCAAAGAAGAGCUCCCCAUGUUCAGUCAAUGUCUAGGGAGAAUCAUCCAGCAGAAAGAAUAUGGGUGGAAGUCAACCAAAGGGUUAAUUAUCCUGUUAAGGAAUGCCUUAAUGAUCUGGUGGAAACCGACCAACUAGACUUGAACGAUGACAUUGUCAAGUUUUGUAUCUCGUGGCUGGCUAUGAGAGUGUGCCAGGCUGGAAUAGAACUAUUUGUUCUAGCGUGGAACAACCAUCCUAUUCCAGGAAAAGGAACUCCUAAUCACAGAGUUCAAAAUCACCAGGCUGUUAGACUUCCAGCAGGAACAAUUCCAAGUGUAGACUACGCAGUGCAGUUAUUCGAAGGAGAGGGAGGAAUUUUGAGAAGGUCAACAGAAUAUGGCAAUGAUCCGAUUGCGGACAACGCCAUCCACUUGGCCAGAAGUCAAUAUUUUACAUUAAACCACGGAACCUACAAUGAUCUCUACUCAGCAACAGCAAACGGCUAUUAUACUCCAUUUCAUGACGCUUGGCGCUAUUUCUAUCAUUUGACAAUUACUUUGUAA